AUGUCUACUCUCCCCCCGCCGUCCGCAGAGUCCGCGCCGCCGCUACGGGCCUCCAGCGGGGUCUUCGCAGACACGGAACCCACAGCCCUGACGCGGGUGUGGACGCGGGGAGGAGCCGCGGGGCCGAGGCGGGGAGCCGGAGCACAGCGGCGGGCGGCCGGCCCGGACCGCAGACCGCGGGAGCAGCCCCAGGAACCGACUCCGGAAGCCUCCACCUCAGGUUCUGAGGAGGUCCGGCUCCUGUCACUGCGGCUGCGCAGGCCGGGCUCUGGGCUCCUGGCUGGAGCUGGGUCGUGCGCCCUCUGCAGGCGGGGGAGGCAAUGCAGGACAAGCCCCUCCGCGGCCUUGGUUCGCGGUGGGGAGAAAGACACCGCGCAAGCGCGGGCGCUGACGACGCGCGCGAAGGCCGGACUGGGCGUCCGCGCGGAGCGGCCGCUUCACGGGAUUCUCUGGGAGCCUUCCGCCCGCGUCCUCCAGGAUCCGGAGCUGGCUGACCGCUUCGUGGAGGCGCGGCGUCUGAGGGAGCAGGCCGCGGGGGUGCGGCAGCCGGCAGCCAGGCGGGGAACUCUCCAAGGGGCGCCUAAGCGCCCGAGGUCUCGAAGGCACAGUUCUCUCACCGUCCUGGAGAAGGACCACCUCAAGCACUGGUUCAGCUCCUUGCAGCCCAGUCGGAAUGCAGUCUUCAGCAUCAUCGAGCAUUUCUGGAGAGAGCUGCUGCUGUCUCCAUCGGAAGCACCGCUCCCUGUGACCAAGGGGAAGCAGCUGACUGGUCUGAUGGCCUGUUCCCAGAAGCGCCUGGAAGAGACAGCCCGAGUCCUCCACCAUCAGGGCGAGCAGCUGGACAGCAUCACCAAGGGCCUGGACAAGAUGGAAUCUGACCUGGACUUGGCAGACAGGUUGCUGACGGAGCUGGAGUCCCCUUCUUGGUGGCCCUUUAGCUCCAAGCUUUGGAAGAUGCCAGCAGAAACAAAGUCCAAGGGGGGCACCUCAACGGCUAGUCCCAAAGCUCUUGGAAAAGAAGGGGUAGUGGUCCGAAUUCCUGCUGUUAUCUCCCAGGGAACAGCAUCUCAUGUUAAAGCAGGAAGUCUUACCAUCCUUGUGUCCGGGUUGAAAAUCCAUGACUCGAGUUCUUUGCUCAUGCACAGAUUUGAAAGAGAAGAUAUAGACGACAUUAAGGUUCACACACCUUUUGAAAUUAGCAUCCUCCAACGGUUCAUUGGGAAGCCAGACAUAGCUUAUCACCUGAUAUCCGCCAAGAUGCCCGAGGCUGUCCCCAUUUUGGAGGUGCAGUUCAGCAAGAAGAUGGAGUUGUUAGAAGGCGGCUUGACACCCGGAAGUGCCAGCACGUCUUCCCCAGCAGAGAAGGGCUGCUAUGUCUGGAAGCACCGCAGGAGGCCCGCCCGCCGCCAGCCGACCCAGCGGCCAACCAGCCCUACCCAGGCCCGGCCAUCCCGGGCACCUCCCGCCCUCCCUCCCGGCACCGCGCUAGCCAGCCCGUACCCCGGAGGGGUCCUUCAGGCCUCGGGCCGGGCAGCCCUCCUGCGGGUCCUUGUGCGGUUGCCUAGCAGCUGCGAGGACGCGAACGGAGCCGGAAGCGGAGUGGCAGGCCCAGCCUUGGGAUCCACCGUUUUUCGGCCCCGGGCGGGAGAAGCACGGAUCGCUGGGUUCAUUCCGCGGUGUGGGGGCGAGGGCAGUCCAGCCUGA